GUGUGAGAGAGAGAGAGAGAGAGAGAGAGAGAGAGAGAGAGUCAGUAGUUCCUAACUAAUAAAGAGUUGCGUUCCAUCUUGUGCUAUUUAAAACAGCUUCCGAGCUGGUUUAAUGGCAUGUGGCCCAGAAGCUGGAGGCAGUCAGACUCCAUAUUUGAGGCCACCUUGGUAUGGAUGAGUUCUAGGUCAGCUCGCACUAUACAGUGAGACUGCCUUGGGGGAUACAGCAACAAAAUCACCACAAAACCCAAAAGUCAUGUCUUGGUGAAUGUGGCACAAUCUUACCGUAUGCAUGUGCUCUUCGGUACCUAUGUAAUAUGUGUGGCUAGCUUUGUUUGUUUUCUUUUUAUGUAGCCCAGACUGGCCUGGAGCCUACCAUUGUAGACCAGGCUGACCUUGAUCUUUUUGAUCCUCCUGCUGAGAUGACCUGGUAUAUGUAAUAUUUAAAGAAAACAAUAAAUGCUAGUGUUUCCCUGUUGGUUUGUGGACCGGAAUGAUAGCACUGGUCAAACAACCCUAGGCUUGUGAUCGGUAUCUAAAGGGGAAUAUCGUUCUUAAGGGCCGCCUCUGAGCCUGUAGGGCCUGACAUCUGUGAGUAAUGGAGUCAUAAAUGAAUUGAGUCAGAGGACGUUUAACUGGUUUUUGCUGCCUGGAUUGUUUGCUUGACUGUGAGGAAAAAAUCCACACACUUAGCCAUGAAUGUGUAUUUUCCUACUGUGUUCUCUUAAAACACUUCAAAUACCAGACAAGAGCACUACAGUGUCUAGCAGACUAGAAACUUGCCUCCUCUAGCCAUCAGAGAGGCACAUGGCACACUGGCCAGUGCUUUGAGAACCUGUCUUUCCCCUCUCAGUCCUUGAAUAAAACUUAUUUUGGAGAGAGUGAGGGCAGCACAUAGUUUGACCUAUACUCUAGAGUGAGUUUUCGUCUUACCUGUUCUCACUGCCUCAAGCAUGCAGUAUUGACCUCACUACAGAGGUUGUGGGACAGUGAAUAGUGGUUAUUUUCUUUUUUAUGGUUUAAGAACUAUUUAACCAGGCAUGGUAGCAUAGGCCUGUAACCCCAGUGUUCAGGAAAUGGGGAUGGGAAAGUCAAGAGUUCAAGGCCACUGGGCUUCAUGACAGACACUCAUUUUCAUACAGGCUUAUAAAAAUAAAACCAAACAGAUAAUACUGAAUUAUUUUAAAAACAAAAGGCCUCAUUGGCGGUAGCCACAGUAACACAUUGAUAUCCUUCAAGACGUGUCCCCUAGUCUAGUGGGUAUUUGAAACCUUAGUACUGAACCCUAUAUUGGCUGUAUUUUUUUUCCUGUUGAUAGAUACCUAUGAAAAUUUUUUGAUUAUUAAGAUUUUGGUUUGGUUUGGUUUGGUUUAGGUUUUUUUGAGAAAGUAUUGCUACAUAGUCCUGGCUGUCCUGGAACUCACUAUGAAGACUAGGCUGGCCUUGAAUUCACAGAGAUUCACUUGCCUCUUCCUCCUGAGUGCUGAAAUUAAAGGCAUGUACCACUAUGUCCAGCAUUUAUUGAGAUUUUUAUUUUAGAAUUUUUAUUAUUGAAACAGUGUUUCCCUAUAGUCCUGGCUGCCUUGGAACUCAUUAUGUAGAUCAGGUUGGCCUCUCCCAAGUAUUUGAAUUCCAAGUGUGUGCCACCGGAAGGGCAAGAUUUAUUUUUAGUUAUGUAUGGGUGUACACGUCUGUGUUGGAGUAUGUGCACAUUAAUGCUGGUGCCUGUAGAGGCCAGAGAUCCUCUGGAGUGGAGUCAGGCAGUUGUGACCCUAUGCAGAUACUCGGGUCCUUUGGACAAAACGUACUCUUGACUACUGAAUCAUCUCUACAGCCCUUAUUAAGACAGGGUCUCAGCCUGGCAGUGGUCCCACACGCCUUUAAUCCCAGCCCUUAGGAGGCAGAGGCAGGUGGAUCUCUGAGUUCAAGACCAGCCUGGUCUACAGAGUGAGUUCCAGGCAGUCAGGCUACACAGAGGAACCCUGUCUUGAGCCCCCUCUCCCUCAGGGUCUUGUGCAUUGUAGGUUGUCCUUGAGCUCAGAUGUAGUCAUGGAUGACCUGAACUUCCCAUCUCCCAUCGCUCAUCUUCUGGGUGCUGGAUUUUAGGCAUGCGCCAUUAUGCCCAAUGCUAUAAGGUGCUAGAGAUGAAAAUCAGAGCAUCCUGAAUGCCAGAUGAGCACUCUGCCAACUGAGGUACAUCCCAGGCCCUAGAGCUUUACCUUAUAAAGAACAGUAAUAAAAAUCAGAGCAAUAUACUGAUAAGCAGGUUAUGCAGAUGGUCUCUUUGACUCUCAUGGGAGUGUAGAGUACACAGUGAAGUGCACUGGCUAAAUACGACAGUCAUGGCGGAGUAGGAUGGUGUAGAAACUCACCUCAGUAGGCAGGGUGACACAUUACAUUGUACACUUGUUUAUUUCCAUAAUUUCCACUACCGUGUUAGACUGGAGCUGCUGUAGGAAACUGAACACAGAGCAGAGCCUUGAGUAAGGGAGGUGCUUUCCACACACUGGGGCUACAGCUAUACCUUCACGUAAGACCCCCAAGUUCUAUGACUGAAAGACUAAUUUAUAAAACUUUCAAGUUUUAUCUUUUUUUUUUUUUCUUUUUUUCGGAGCUGGGAACCGAACCCAGGGCCUUGCGCUUGCUAGGCAAGCACUCUACCACUGAGCUAAAUCCCCAACCCCAAGUUUUAUCUUUUAACUAUGCUUAAAAAACAUUGAAAAAUCUGCCCCUGCCCCCUUGCCCCAGUGCUUUGCUGCCACUCAACUCCUCUCCCUGGCUUUUUAGUCCUUUGCACUUCAUAUGCAGAUGUGUCCCUAUGGGCACAUGUGUGCGGGUGUCCUUGUGAGCCCUUAGGAAAGGUAUUUUUCCUACACAUGAGGGAGGUGGCACCGAUGUAAGGUGAUUAAUGCGUUUGCUGUCUUCAUUGUGUUACAUUUAAAUGUCAUUAUAACUAAAGGAAGGGCAUGACCAGGAGAGAUGGGACUGGGAACAUACCAGAAACCCGGGCUGAGUCAUCGUGGGUUUCUAGGCCAGAGAGGUGGAACAGUGGCGGCUGCCUGCUCCUGGGCAGCUUUAUUAGCAUUCAUCCCGUCAGCACAUUCUCUGCUGGGCUUCCAGCUAUAUUUAGAAUUCUUCCCUCCAUUCUUCCUCCUUCCUGUCCCAUCAGUGUGCCCUUGGGUUGAACAUAAGGCCUCCCUGUAUCUAAGCCUCUUACAUGGUUUUCAAGUCCUCGACCACCUCCAUAUCAUCAGCUCUGUCCCCCCAACCCCGCUAAGGUCUCACUAUGCUUCCAAACUCAAAAUCCUCCAGCCUCAGCUUCCCAUGUGCUGGGGUUAGGAGAGUGCCUCAAUGCCUGGUCUCGAGUUGUGUUUCUUACUGUCUCUCCCACGUGGCCAGAAUGGCCCUUUGCUCAGUUAAACUGAAUCCAUCUCCUCAUAACAUCCAGAAGCCCCUUUAGUCCCGCAAGCACUAUUUGGACAAACAUAUGCUGUCUGCUCAGCCUCACUCUGCUCCAGCCACACCGACCCCACUGCUCAUCAGGUCCCUUGGCCUGGUGCAUUAGCUCCAGAGCGGAUGGAGCCGAGUCACAUGCUCCAUUCUGCGCUUGCUCCGAUCCCAGUGUUAUCAGUGAGUUCUUCCUUAGCCACCAUAACGUAGGUACCUUGGUCCCUGCCGGACACACUCAUCAUCCUUGCUUACUCUUUCACUGUAGCACGUCAUUCCAGCACACAAUGUGCUCUGUAUUUAAUCCGUCCCUUUUGUCCUUCUCUUCAUUAGACUGAAAGGCCGCAGGAGUCUUUACAGUUGUCUCAGUAAAUUGGUGUCUGCCAAGUGACCAACCAGCCCAGCCUCACCAUCUCUGCUGCUGUUGCAGUGCCUCACUCGUCCUCUGAGGGAUGAGUGGGAGGACUUGGAGUGUUUUUGGGUAAAAAUAGGCUGGAGACAUCCAGGAACGUGGCUGCUGACGUGUUUAUUAACACUCCUCCUUGCUGAUACUACCUCCUUUCUUUGUAAUAGAGAAGAAAAGCUUAGUUCACUAAAUGGAAAGAAAGGCUUAGCAGUAAGGAGUCCAAGAGGGCAGCACUUGUGGGUGUACACCUGUAGCCUGGCAAAGACUGUCAUCUAGUCUUAUGCUUGUGUCACCCUGGCAUCCAUUUUAGUCAGAAGUUACCUUUUCUCAGGCCAGAAUUGGAGGUCACUGACUGUUUAAGUUUCCAAGUUUGUACCCUAAUCUAGAACCCCACAGUCCUCAGUGUGGUCAAUCCAGUCACCUGCCUUCCACAGCUGUUUGCCAGUGACACUUCCCGUGAGACAGCUAGGUGUAGCCUGGCUGCCUGGCUUUACUUAUCUUCCCACCUGACUGGGUACGAACUCUGAUCUCCGAGAACUCACAUCUGCUUGCCUUAACCACCAAUUGAAACUCUCCAAGGGAAACUUGCUCGCAUAAUGUCCUGACUCAUGUAAAGGGCAUUAGCCCAGUGGCUUCUUGUCUGUUCUCCUGCCUUGGUUUACAGUCUUGCACCGCCAUAACCAGCAAAGAACACCGCCCCCCCCCCCCCAUGCGAGCUGACCUCUUGCUUGUUGAGCAUUUUGUUUGUUUGCAUUUCAGUAUCUUGCGUGUAGAUACUCAAAUAUCAUUCACAAUAUUUCACACAUUUAACACGUGUUCCCAUAAAAUUGAAAGACCAUAUGCCAGCGUGGGCAUCUUACAAUGUGCUGGGUAGGUUCCAAGAGUGAGUAUUUCUAAGGAGCAAGGCAGAAGUGCUUUGCAUUCUAGUUUUGGGAUUCAGAUUAUGGAUCAAGAUAGUCCCAGGCUUUUUCUCAAAAUUAAAUUCAGCGUGAAGCAAUAAGGACCUCUCUCUUUCAUGGGAAAAAUAUAAUUGUCCCACUAGCAGGAGAACACGGGACAUGGGACCUCACGAUUGUCUUACCUGGGUUGUGGGAACUCCAGUGUGAGCCCUGGGAAUGAUUCGGCCCGCAGUUCAGCUGGCCAUUUGUACUGCCCAGGCUUCCCUCACAGCCAGGGUAGCUUGAGCAGGAGAUCAAGGGUCUGCAGUGUCUGGAAGUCACCUCUGAACUGCAGACCCUACCUCGGCUUCUCCAAGUCCCAGUCUUCCUAUUGGCCGGGCGUGGUGGCACAAGCCUUUAAUCCCUGCACUGUGGAGUCAGAGGCAGGUAGAUCUCUAAGUUCCAGGACAGCCUGGCCUACAGAGUGAAUUCCAGGACAGCCAGGGGUACAAAGAGAAAUCCUGUCUCAAAAAAAAUGAAGAAACGAAAAGAAAACAAACAAAAUGUGGACUUAGUUGAUCAGGACCGCAGUGCUCAUUUGGGUGCCCGCUGACCCGACAGUGCUUCCGAGCAGCAGGCUAGGGAAGCCGCCAGGGUUUCUCCUCCUCUCUCCCUCCAGUUCUUCACAGCCUGCUGUUCAUAGUAUUUGGGUUUUGGUUGGGUCAGAUAGUUCUGUUUCUUUUGUAAUUUUAACUUUUCAUGUGUAUGAAUGUUUGCUCUCAUGUAUAUCUGUGUACCACAUGUAUGCCUGUUGCUGGUGGAAGCCAGAAGACAUUGGUUCCCCCGGAACUGGGGCUACAGAUGGUAGAGACUCCCAUGUGUGCAGGUCCCCUGGAAGCACAGCUAGUGCUCUUACCAGCUGGGCCGUCUCCCCAGUCGGCACUGCUCUGUGUAAGUGUUUGGUUUGUAUGUAGCCCUGGUUGGCUUAGAACUUGCUAUAAAGACCAGUUGGAUCUUGAAUUUGGAGAAAUCCACCUGCCUCUGCCUUUCCAGUGCUGGGAUUAGAAAUGCGUGCCAUCAUACCUGGCAAAAUCUGACUUUAAAUGUACAAUCUUGUUUUAACCACUUGAAGUACAACAAGGUUUCCAAAUGUGGAACUGAAGUCAACUUCUGCCUAGAAUUAAUAAUUUGCUGUCUAGUGUUUGUGUGGUCUAAGCACUUGGGAGGUGGAGGCAGGAGACCCACAAAUUCAAGGUCAGCUGGGUCAACAUAGUGAAACCUGUUAAUAACAACAGUCUAUAAGUCCACUUCCAGGAGAGCUGGUGCUCUCUUCCAGCCUCCGAGGGCACUGACAUGCACUCAGUCCACAGACAUGUAGGCAAACACUCGUACUGAUGAAAUAAAAAUAAACAAGUAUGAAGGGGAAACCGACAAGUACAUUGUGAGGGGAAAAGAACCGUAUUCACAGCUGGUUCCGAGGGGAGCCUGGUGCACCACUGUGAGAUCAGCGUGGGAAAUAGAGCAAGCUCAUGGCCCAGGCCUUCCGCUCCUGUUCCCAAAGGACUUACAACCUGCGGCAGUAAGUCCUUUAUUUAGUGUUUAGUGCCACUCUAUUCCUAAUCCUGACGAGAUGGGAUCAACCCAGAUGUCCAUCAACAGGUGAACUGAGUGGAUAAUCAAAGCAUGCUAUAUAUACCAUAAAGAAAAUGAAAUUAUGCAGUUGGCAAAAAAAAAAAAAAAUGGAUGGGAUUUGGCUCCCAGUUUGAGGACGUAGUCCAUGUGGUGGUGAAGUCCUGGCCGUCUGUACAGCUGAGGGCAGUUGCUCACAUUGUGUCUGCAGUUAGGAAGCAGAGUUUGAGUGCUGGUGGCCCGCACGGUGCCACCACCUCAGGUAAGAGAGCCCUGAACAGGCAAGGCCAGAGCUAACCUCAUCUAGAUAAUCCCUUCCUGGUGUGCUCAGAGGCCUGUCUCCUUGGUUAUUUUAUCUCCUGCCAAGUUGACAGUAUUAAUGACCACGGUUAAGACAGUCAUUUUCACAAUCUCAAUUCUUCAGUGAACAUGGGAGAUCUUUUCAUCUUCUAGUGUCUUCAGUCUCUCUGAGUGUUUUAUUAAAGUUUCCAUUAUAAUUGUAGAGAUCUUUCACUUACUUGGUUAAGUUUAUCCCUAGGUGUUCUCUCUUUUUUGAGGUAAUUUUGGAUGUGGCUUCUUCCUUGGCAUGGUUGUUACUGGUAUAUAGGAAGGCUACAGAUGUAUGUAAGCUCAUGUAUCUUUCCACCUUGUUGGAAGUGAUUGUCAGUUAGACUUUUCUAGUAGUGUAGGGUUUCCUUGUCUGUAACAAUUUCAUCUUACGAACAGGGCUGCUUCGGCUUUCCUACCUGCCACCUUCCAUUUGCCUCUCUCCUUGCUCCAGCUCAGACUGCUGGCCCUGGUGGAGAGCAGACAGAGUAGACACCUGUUCCUGGGGUUAGUGGAAAGUUUUCCUAGGUAACAUAUGUUGCCUUUACAAUUAUUUAUGUUUCUUCUAUUCUGGGUUUCUUCAGGACUUUGACCAUAAAGGGAUGUUUGAAUGAUUUGAGCCCAACCCAUAUGGUUCUGUGGCCAUGUUCUUACCUGUUAAGUGCAUAUUUGAAAAUUAUCAAAAAUUUAUUGAUUGCUAGUACAGAAUCAGUUAUUUCUUUCUUUUUUUUUUUUUUUUCCGGAGCUGGGGACCGAACCCAGGGCCUUGCGCUUGCUAGGCAAGUGCUCUACCACUGAGCCAAAUCCCCAACCCCUGAAUCAGUUAUUUCUAAAUCUAAGGGAGAGGGCCUCAUCUUUGCAUUCUUUGAUUAGUACUGUUUGGUCAGUCUUACUGAUAACUCUUGGAUAUUGGAAAGACUGGGCUGAAGUAAGGAUCCUCACAAUGGGGGUUGGGGAUUUAGCUCAGUGGUAGAGCGCUUGCCUAGCAAGCGCAAGGCCCUGGGUUCGGUCCCCAGCUCCGAAAAAAAGAACAAAAAAAAAAAAAAAAAAAGAAUCCUCACAAUGGGAGGAAGCAGAGGGAAGUGACGUCCAGCACAGAUCACCUUCCUAGAGAAUGGGGUAUGAGUUGGGCCCACAGGGUGGGACUACGAUGCCUCCAAGAAUCACUGCUGUUAAUAAUAGAGAUGGGUUCUGGUAUUUUUCUCCCUCAGACACAUUUACUCAAACUAGGCACCAAAAUGCUGACGUUGCUUCCUGGAGAGAGGAAACCUAGUAUUCCUUUUACUCAAAGAAGAGCCACCCGGCAGACCAGCAUCACCUCCUUUGUCACCUCACAGCCAGGAAUGGCAAAUGGUGGUAACCAGAAGAACGCGUCCUCUCUCAAAGAAAAUCAGAUCAACAGAGAAUGCAAGUCUAGAAGCCAGCUAGACUGUUUGGACCAGGGAUUAGAAGAUGAUUGCUUGGUGUCCCCUUUGGCCACUUCAACUCCUGCAGACAUCCGGGAAGCUGGACAUUCUCCUCAGUCUUCCCAGAUUUCAGGCUGCCAGAGUUUGGAAACAACAUCUUUGACUAUGAUGUCUUUUCCCCAGCCAGUUGUCCUGAUGGGCACCGGAGAAAGUAAAGCCCCCUUGGCUUCUUCCUUUACCCAGUUCUUAGAACGUUCUUGUUUGCUGGAUCAAAGAGAGGCCAAGAGGAAAAGGGAAGGACUUUGUGGAUCUAAGACGGACUGUCCAGGGAUGGGAAGCCACAUCAGACCACCUGGGGGUAAAUGCCAUCAGCCCUUGGACAAAGCCAAAGUGGAGAAAAGGGCGACUGCCAAGGAGAACAGGCAGGCCCCUGUGCAUCUUCAGACAUACAGGUUUGGAUCCCACAGUGGGAAAAAAACAUUACUGGUGACAAAAAGCCCUUGUCCUCUUUCUGUAUUUUCCUGGGACAUUGACAGGAAAGACAGGGACUCCUGGAGUCAGCUUUUCACUGAAGAUUCCCAAGGCCAUCAGGUCAUUGCCCACAGCACUAAAAUGCCUUUCCAAGAUGUAACCAAUGCUAGGAAUCAAGGCUCAGGGCAGUUUCCCGACAGCCCUCAGGCCCAGGGCCAAGAUGGGCCUACUCUGUUACAUCUGCAGCCACACCUGCUCUUUACCCAGGACUCUGAAGGUAAUCGGGUUAUCAGGCACUAGUUUUAGACGUUUAUGUGAGUGUAUCUUGAAGUGGCAGAGCUGGAGGAAAGUGGGGUGGGGCUGGGUAAAGAUUUGUUUGGUGAAAGGCCAGGUGGGAUGAAGCAGUUGUCACUAUGGAACAUUUUCUGUAUAUAAAUAAAGCAGGCAGUGUGUGGUAGGCA